AUGCCGUGCUGCGGUUCAAAUUGUGGAAAAAACCGCAUUGCUGACGAGGUCGUGGACAACCCUAGUGAGUUUUAACACUCCACGGAAGUUUUAUUUCUGGUUAUUUUCAAACUUUGAUACUCUUUUAGAGUCCUCAAUCGGCCGAGUACUAAUUUUUGUCAAUCCAAAAAGUGGUGCGGGCGCUGGAAGUAAAGUUUAUCAAAAAGCCGUGCGACCCGUCCUGUUGGAGAAGAAAUUGGCGUUUGAAACCAUCAUUACCGGUAAGUUUUUGCGAAAUUUUAUUAAAACGCUCCAUUCCAGCCGUUCUCAGCAUAAACUUUACCUUUAAAACAGGGUAAAAAUCAUGCUGAGAGCGACUUUAAAAACUAUUUUUCCUCAAAUUUCAAUUAUCUUAUACUAAUACCCUUGAUCCAGACCUCUAAAAAAUUUCAGAACACCAAAAUCACGCGGCUAAAAUCCUUGGCGAACGCCGGGACCUCGAAACCUUUGCCGCCAUCGUCAUCGUUUCCGGAGAUGGCCUCAUUUUCGAAGCCUUGAACGCGAUUCUAAGCCGUUCUGAUGCCUCGAUUUUACUGGAUUCCCUCCCAUUUUUUAUCAUCCCCUGUGGCUCCGGGAAUGGUCUACUUUCCUCGGUCUACUUUCGACGGAAAAUCGCGAUUACUCCGGCGAAACAAUUGCUCGAAACCGCAACCGAAUCAUUGGUCUACAAAUGGGCAAUCUCCGUUCCGGUAACGCUGAUGCAUUGCCGGGUAGGAAGCCGAGAAUUUGGGGCCUUUUUGUCAGUUGGAUGGGGACUUAUGGGCGAUAUUGGUAGGCUAUUAACCUUACAAAGCAACCCAAUGUUUUAGAUAUCGAGAGCGAGAGUUUGAGGCCGAUUUGCGGCGGUCAGCGAUUUGUCUUUGGCGCCUUGUGGAGGGUGGCUUGUAAGUUUGAGGGCUUGAAACCGAUUUUUUUUAUUUUAGACUAAAAUUUACUGGUCAAACAUUGAUCUAAAAUCAAGGUUAUACGAAAAAAAUCAUUUUUUUUUUGACAAAAAAAACUUCCAAAAUACAGUGGCCGACCUGAUCCAGUGACAAAAAAACGUACCAUUUUGCAUCCGGGAAGUAUCAAAAAAUGUCGCAAAAUGCCUCCCUCUCCAAGUGAAAAACUCCGAUUUAAAAAACGCGCCCUUCAAAACGGAGUUUUUUAUGUGGAGAGGGAGGCAUUUUGCGACAUUUUUUGAUGCUUCCCGGAUGCAAAAUGGUACGUUUGUUGCCACUGAAUCAGGUCCGUCACCGUAGAAUGAUCUCAGAAGUUUUUUUUAAUUCUUUUGCAUGAAACUCUUGAAUCAUGUCUCAAGGCACUUGUAAAUUACUUUUUCCAACUAUCUCUCGGCAAUUUAAACCACUAGAAACACUAAUAUUGACCAAUUCCGCUCCAUUUUUUCUUAAUUGCCCUUUUAUUUCCAGCCCUCCGAAAAUACCGUGCCCGAUUAUCAUUUCUUCAAUUCGAAGCCGAAGAAGCCCCACCAGUUACCUCAGCCUACUCUCGUUCCGUCUACGAGCAAAAGGAGAGAAAUUUGAACCCGAUUACCGAAGAGGGAUCCGAGCCCAAUGUUUGGAGCGGAAAAUUGCUAAUAAACGAGCCAGAAACCGACGCUCCCGUCCCACACGGCUGGCGAACUAUUGAAGACGACUUUGUCAACGUCUAUGCAGUGAGUUCAAUUCAUUUAUAGGCACACUGAACUUUUUACGAAGGAAAAUUUAUAUUAUUUUAGGUGACCCGCUCCCACAUUUCCCAAACCAACAUUUUCGCGCCGGACGCCCAACUCGAAGAGUCCGCAAUCCAUCUAUGCUACCUGCUCAACCGCGACAUCCACUCCAAGACGCAGCUGGUCAAGUUUUUGACGGCCAUCGAGCAGGGCGAACAUCUCAAUUUACCCUUUGUGCAUUACCUGAAAGUCAAAGCAUUCCGCCUCGAAGCCCUCGCCCACCACACCCAUAAAAGCCCGAUAGUGGUGGAUGGGGAGGUCAUCCCCGAUUGCUCACAAAUCCAGUGCAUCUCAAGCACUUUGGCCAUGCGUGUGGCCACGAAAUGA